AUGUCGGGAGAAAACCAGGCACAGGUCACCACCUGUCUAACACCAUCCCUACUGUGGAGCAUGGUGGUGGCAGCAUCGUGCUAUGGGGAUGCUUUUCAGAGGCACAUACUGGGAGACUGCUGCCGGAGCCUCCGCCUGUCCGGCGCCGCUGCCGGAGCCUCCCGCCUGUCCGGCGCCGCUGCCUCUCGCCUGGAGCGCUGCCGGAGCGUCCCGCCUGUCCGCCGCUGCGCCCGCCUGUCCCGCGCCGCUGCGGAGCGUCCCGCCUGUCCCGCCUGUCGGCGCCGCGCUGCCGGAGCGCCCCGCCUGUCGCGGGAGCGCCCGCCAGUCCCCGGCGCGGAGCGUCCCGCCUGUCCGGCGCCCUCCCGCCUGUCCGCCCGAGCCGUCCCGCCAGUCCGGCGCUGCGGAGCGUCCCGCCUGUCCGGCUGCUGCCUGUCCGGCGCCGCUGCCGGAGCGUCCCGCCUCUCGGCAUUUAACACCAUAGUACCCUCCAAGCUCGUCAUCAAGCUCGAGACCCUGGGUUUCGACCCUGCCUUGUGCAACUGGGUACUGGACUUCCUGACGGGCCGCCCCCAGGUGGUGAGGUGGUUGAUUGUGGCCGUCAGUUUGCCUCUCUCACCCUCUCUCUCCUCAGCAGCAGGCACACGUAAAGGUGGUGUGUGCAUUGCCCAGUCUCUGAAGAUCCCCAGGGAGCCCAAGCCGGGGGAGUUUGACAAGCUUAUUCUGCGAUUGCUUGAGACCUCCAACGCCCGAGCCGUCAUCAUGUUUGCCAAUGAGGACGACAUUAGGCGUAUCCUGGACGCGGCCAAACGCAACAACGAGACUGGUCACUUCCUUUGGGUUGGAUCAGACAGCUGGGGGUCCAAGAUCUCCCCUGUGGUCCAGCAGGAGAGAGUGGCAGAGGGGGCCAUCACCAUCCUCCCCAAGAGAGCCUCCGUGGACGCCUUCGACCGUUACUUCCGGAGUCGCUCCCUCUCCAACAACAGAAGGAACGUGUGGUUCGCAGAAUUUUGGGAAGAAAACUUUGCGUGCAAGUUAGGGAUGCAUGGCAAGCGACCUGGGAGCCCCAAGAAAUGCACAGGACUGGAGAAGGUGGGUCGUGACUCAACCUAUGAACAGGAGGGGAAGGUACAGUUUGUGAUGGACGCGGUUUAUGCCAUGGCCCACGCCCUACACCGCAUGCACCGCGAGCUCUGCUCAGGGAACAUAGGCCUGUGCCCACGCAUGCACAACAUUGACGGCAAGGAACUACUGACCUUCAUCCGGGCAGUAAACUUCAAUGGAAGUGCUGGGACUCCUGUCACAUUUAAUGAGAAUGGCGAUGCUCCAGGACGCUACGAUAUCUUUCAGUACCAGAUCAACAACCGGUCAACAGCAGAGUACAAGGUCAUCGGCCACUGGACCAACCAGCUACACCUAAAUAUGGAUGCCAUGCAGUGGACCAGUGGAGACCCCUCUGUGCCCGCCUCUGUGUGCAGCCUGCCCUGCAAGAUGGGUGAGAGAAAGAAGGUGGUGAAGGGAGUACCAUGUUGCUGGCACUGCGAGCGCUGUGAGGGCUACCACUUCCAGGCCAGUGAGUUCAUUUGCGAGCUGUGCCCAUAUGAGCAACGACCCGACCAGAACCACACUGGGUGCCAACCUAUCCCCAUCAUCAAGCUGGAGUGGCACUCACCCUGGGCAGUGGUGCCAGUCUUCAUCUCUGUCCUGGGCAUUCUGGUUACCACCUUCGUCAUUGUCACCUUUGUGCGCUACCACGACACGCCCAUUGUCCGAGCCUCGGGCCGGGAGAUGAGCUAUGUUUUGCUUACGGGUAUCUUUCUGUGCUAUGCGAUCACCUUCCCCAUGAUCGCAGCUCCUGACGUUGCCGUUUGCUCCAUCAGGCGCAUCUUCCUGGGCCUGGGAAUGUGCUUCAGCUACGCAGCUUUGCUUACCAAAACAAACCGCAUCCACCGCAUCUUCGAGCAGGGCAAGAAGGCUGUUACUGCACCGCGGUUCAUCUCCCCGGCCUCCCAGCUGGUCAUCACCUUCAGCCUGAUCUCAGUUCAGUUACUGGGUGUUUUUGUGUGGUUUGCCACUGACCCGCCACACAUGGUGGUGGACUAUGGCGAGCAGCGCACGCAGGACCCUGAGAACGCCCGUGGGGUGCUCAAGUGUGACAUCUCGGACCUCUCACUCAUCUGCUCGCUUGGAUACAGUAUUCUCUUGAUGGUCACAUGCACUGUUUACGCCAUCAAGACCAGGGGAGUGCCAGAGACCUUCAACGAGGCAAAGCCUAUUGGAUUUACUAUGUAUACUACCUGUAUAAUUUGGUUAGCUUUUAUACCUAUCUUCUUUGGGACGGCACAGUCAGCAGAAAGGAUGUACAUCCAGACAGCCACGCUGACCAUCUCCCUCAGCCUGAGCGCCUCCGUCUCUCUGGGGAUGCUCUACAUGCCCAAGGUCUACAUCAUCAUCUUCCACCCGGAGCAGAAUGUUCCCAAGCGCAAGCGCACCUUCAAGGCCAUCGUCACCGUCGCCACCAUGACCAGCAAGCUGUCCCAGCUGGCCUCCGAGCGACCCAAUGGAGAGGUGAAGACAGAAAUCUGCGAGGGCAUGGAUGCCAGUAUGCCAUCAACCAAAACAAAGUAUGUCAGCUACACCAAUCAUGCCACCUGAAGAGAGAAGCACUGAAUAGAGAAUUACUGAGGAAUUCCACAUGCAGACUUGGAUGUGUCAGAUUCACCCAUGACAGGGCGUUACAACAAGCAUGAGACAUUGAUAUUGCUCAGAGUCCAAAUAACGACUGAGAGCAUGGCAGUCAACAUAAAUAUGUCUGCUCUUUCAUGUUCACGGACAGAGCUAAUGGGCCUGCUGGAAGCAGACAAAACACUAAACAAACAAUUCAAGAGACUUGACAAAAUGAGGGUGGGGAACAGAAGAGGGAAACAAAAGAGAAUUUAAAUAUAAAUUGUUGCGAUCAACCAUGUUAGUUAGUUUGUUAUUCUAAUUUUAUGUAAUUUGUGGUUGUGAAGAUUUCUCAUUUGUGUCUUACGUCGUCUGAACUACAUUGCGAGAUGAGUUUGUCUCUGUUUCAGCUAACUGAAUUGUAGCCUUGAGUUGUGAAAUCUGUAAAUGCAAUGGUUUAAGCAUGCACAUUUUUAUACAAAUACUUUAUUUGUAAUAAAGGAAUGUUUUGGAAAUGUUUAGGAUUGUUGGAUGAGGUUAAAUAUGAGAGUGGGAUAUGAUGUAUAUGGUUUACCUCAAUUUAGAUGGAAAUGAUACCCAAUGCAUCAUCCAUAAGGCAUAACAGUUAUGUGAUGGCCUUGACCUGAAUUGAGCACACAUCCAAAAUACACCAGGAUGGUAAGUAGGCAAAUUAUGUUAAGAAUGUAUGAAGCCUUAAAGCAAACUAUGAAAAAUAUCUAGAGCACCCAAAAACUCCAUGGUCUCAAAACAAAACAAACAAUAUUGCUGUAGGAUUUCCCCUGAAGCCAACUAUAUACAGUCAUGGCAAAAUAAUUUGAGUAUUACUGUGAACAUAAUGCAAAUGUUUAGUUUUAAC